AUGGAUUUACCCCCUCAUUCUGGGGCGAUUUUAGAAAUGUUGAAGCUUCAGGAGAGCAAAGGGCUCCGCGCUUCAUCGGGGUUCGGGCGAGUGCGGGUUCUAUGUAAGGAGUUCAUGGGGGAUAUAAAAGCACUGUGGAGGUAUGGUGCACCGUUCCCUACAUUCCUGAAACUGAUUGGAACUCUGCUCUUGUGCCUCUUCGUCUUGAUGCCGCUGAUCUACCCCAUCUUUGUUCUCGCGGUCACCUAUUUUACAUGCGAGAGUCUGUUUCUAAGUUGGUGGCUGGAUCAACCAUGGCGUUUUCAACCGCUCGGGAUAAUCAAGCGCGGACUCUCUUGCGCUUUUCGGCAGUUCAACGCUGCUGAUGUGUGGAAAGUCCGCGAAGUACUCACCAGGGCAAUACUUCUAGCACAUUCCUUCGCCACCUCCAUAGACUAUCUUUGCGUGAUGCAGGGCUUGCUGGAUGAAACGUAG